CCGCGGUAGCGGGUGUGCGGCUCGCGUCACUUUCGUCCUCCCUCGGUCGAAGACACGUGAAUGCAACCACGUGGUCCAGUGCGCGACACGAGAGCUGGAGCUGUUCGCGAGGUGUUUUCUAGACAGUGACAGGUUUUCGCGACCGCGACGGGACUCCAGGGUUCCCCAAUCCGCAGCCGUGGACGCGAGAACAACCGUCAACCUGGAGCCCACGUGCCAAAAACGACGGAAAUGUGAGGCCGAUGGGAAGGAGGCGAAGACAGAGUUGACGGCGCAACGCAAUAUGUUCCCUAGCGCUCAAAUUAAAAUGAGAUUGCUGUCGCCAAGCAGUUCGGCGGCCACCUCGCCCACAAUGUCGAAUUCCUCGUCGCCAACACCACCGACACCGGCGGCCCCGGCUUACAAUCAAAAGAUGACCGGUAUUCCUUGUGUGGCGGCCGCUUCGAGAUACACCGCACCGGUUCACAUCGAUGUCGGUGGCACGAUUUACACAUCCUCCCUCGAGACUUUAACAAAGUAUCCAGAAUCUAGACUAGCAAAAUUGUUUAAUGGCAGCAUUCCUAUCGUUCUGGAUUCGCUAAAACAACAUUACUUCAUCGAUAGAGACGGCGGCAUGUUCCGGCACAUACUCAAUUUUAUGCGAAAUUCUCGACUAUUGAUACCCGACAACUUCGCCGAUCUCGAUUUGCUAUUGGAAGAAGCACGAUACUUUGAUAUUGCGCCGAUGUGCAGGCAAUUGGAGCAGAUGAAGAAGGAGCGCAUAAAAAACGGCUCGACAAUGAUGAUGACAACAUCUUCGCCGAGUCCACCGCCUUCCGGUCAGCUCGGUUCCGGUCGCGGCAUCACAGCUUGCACCACCACGCCUUGCAACCGCGAUUCCGAGAAGAUGCGCGGUAACGACACGAAUUGCAGCUACGAAUGCGUGGCGUUGCACGUGAGUCCAGAUCUGGGCGAGCGGGUGAUGCUUUCGGGCGGUCGGGCGCUCCUGGACGAGGUGUUCCCGGAGACGACGCAGGCGGUGAUCGACGCGCGAUCCGGCGUCGCCUGGCAUCAGCAGGACGCGCGCCACGUAAUCAGGUUUCCGCUGAACGGCUAUUGCAAGCUCAACUCGGUCCAGGCGAUCACCAGACUGCUGAACGCCGGUUUCCGGGUGGUCGCGAGCAACGGCGGCGGCGUCGAGGGCCAGCAGUUCUCGGAGUACCUGUUCGUCAGGCAAUCCGUCAACACCUGACGGAGUACGGCGCAUCAGCGCAAAACGAUCACCAGGUCGAUCCGUUGCCUGCAGCGCGAUUACGAUCCGGAAUGAGAAUCUCUCAAGACUGCGUCGCGGAUAAUAUGAUUAUUCUGACAAAAUACACGAAGCAUCUUCUGAUAGAAGGCUGACAGUCGCAACCGCAGUUUGGUGCCAAUGUAUGAAAGUCUUUGAAAGGUAUUUUGAAGUUUCUCUCAACACUUACGCCAAAUAUCUUGGACAAUAAGGAAACACCGAGGAAAUGUGCGGAUAAGUUUUAUGAUUUACAUCGAUUUUUACAUUCAUUACAUAUUAAAUUAGCUUUAUAAAACAGCGAUGAUCUUGUUUGCGUGCAUCUAAAUUAUAGAAAUGGUUUGUAUGUAUUAUAUUUUUGGAUGUUAUAAUUUAAGAUAAAAUAAUUAUUCGAUCAUUUUAAUCAAUAAAAUCAUAAUUGAUCACGCAAAUAAAAUUGACAUUACAAUUUAAAUGUAUUAAUAAAUUUGUAAUAUAUAAAUUUAAUUUAUAUAUAAAAUUAAAAAUUAAAAAAUAGAUUAGUAACGUAUCUGAGAAAGAUUGAGAUCAAUGCUAUUUUGCAACAAAUUCAAUGUUUACCUGCAGUUGCGACGAUUACAAGGCGUUACAAUAGUUAUUCAAUAAGCUAGAUGUGAUUUAGAUAGAUCGUUGUUGAUCGAGAUAAAAAUUAUAUAAAUUUUUGCAUAUAUGUUUAAAAAUAAAUAAUAAUUAGGUAGACAUUAUUCGAUAUAUUUUCCGAUAACGACGAUCACAUCUAAAAAGCAAUGACCAAACAGGAAGCCUAAUAAUGGCAACAAUGUAUCGUGUGAUUCACAGCAAAGAGCCUAAGCUAAUACGUAAUAUAUUAAUCGUAUAUACGCUGUUCCAUGUUCUUUUUUUUAUUCAUUGUGUAAAAAGUGCACGUUUCACUGAAAUGAAAAAGACAUAGCCAUAAUGCAGCUUGAAAAAGUGAAUCAACAAUAUGUUAUAUACAUUGUGUCCUUUGCACGCUUUUAACGCUAUUUAGGAAUGAAACGCGUAAUUGUAAACAUCAUCGUUUCAUUCCUCGUGUUACAAUCUGCGACUUUGCGUUUGAGAAUAUCAGAUGCGUCAAUUUUUAACAUUGUUAUUAUUUAAUAAAGUGUAUCUAUAUGUA